UCAAAAUAAACUGCAAUGUCAAAUGUCAAAAAAAUAAGUAAACAAACGCAUCCAAAAUGUUGAUUUCUUUGAGACAAGACCACAAAGAGCACCUGAAUCUGCUUACAGAGCAACCCGUUGGGGUUAUAGAGGAUUUCUGCAAGCUGGCGAUAGAUUUCCUGCAGAACGGGCCGAAUUUGAAGCGUUACGCUGUAGCAGCUGGCAAGCUGAACGUUGACAGCGAAGCUGUGCAGAACUGCAUCUACGGGUUGAUCAAUCUGCUGUUGCUGAGCUGCAAGCACCACCUCAGCGAGGCGGACUUUCGUGACUCGGUUCUCACGUUGGGGUUCAGUCAGGAGCAGCAGGGGGUUUUGGGGGUUUUUUAUGGUAGAAAGCAGGGGGAGAUACAGCAAAUUUUGUCGAAAUUGGCUGUGAAUGAGCCCCAUUACAACGACCUACAGUGGAGGUUCGAAGUGCAAGUUUCGUCCAGGUCUUUGUUGGAACAAGUUACCCCGCUAAUAACUUUGGAUUUAUCUCUUAAAACCAGCGAUAAAGAUAAGUUGGAGAGUGAAAAGGAAAGUAUUUUAUUGCAGACGGACCCUACAAACUUACUUCAUAUAGCCAAUGAGUUGGAGAAAGCAUUAAUCGAGUCCAGAAGUCGACAUUCAAGGAAAAUACAACGGGCACUAAGCAAUUAAAAUUAAAAGGUUUAUUUAAUAAAAAAUAUCCAAAACCUGUAUGUAUUUAUUAAAUAACAAUAAAUUAACAAGAUGUCUUAUAUACAUGGUGAACAAUAUAAAUUAUAUUAGUGAGGAUCUUCAGGAAUUAUUGAGACUUUUUGUGGGGCCCCAAAACCUUCUUCCUUUGGUGCACCAUGUGCAUGUACAUCUGCGGAAACACUAA